CAUUUUAAGGCGACAUUCGGGCCUGGCAUCAGUGGAAAGGGGCCAAUUUUUUGCAGCACAGACGAACGACCCCAGCUUUCUCCUGCAUACCCACAUCCCAACCAUAUCCUCCAAAACAGGGAACUGAAAAGAUGGCCGACAAUACUGCGCUCCUGACGUCGGGUGCCAAGAUCUACUCGAAGAAGCGCAAGGCCAAGAAGGAGCAAGUCGAAGAGGUGACAUUUGACCCGAAGGCGCGGCGGACAUUCCUGACCGGCUUCCACAAGCGCAAGCAGGAGCGACGCGAGCGCGCCAUAACUUUGGCCAAGGAGAAGGAGCGCGAGGAGCGGCGCGAGAUGCGGCGCGAGAAGCGCGACCAGGAGCGCCAGACGAUUGCGCAGAAGAUCCGCGAAAGCAAGAUCUUCUACGGCGUGCCGCUCUCGGAAGACGAAGAGGAUGAGGGCGAGGACGAGGACGAGGAGGUUGCGGUGCUGACGGGCGAGGACUCAGUCACCACGGUUACGGUUACCAAGGACUUUGACCCGACCAAUAUUGACGACGAGAGCCUGGGGCUGAAGAAAAUGACGCCUAAUGAGCUCGCCGUGGAUCUGAAGCGCAAGGCGGAGCAGGCGGAUGCGUCGGAGAGCGAGGAGGAGGCGCCCAAGAAGAAGGCGAAGAAGAAGACAAAAAAGUUCCGCUACGAGACGCACGCGAAGCGCCGCGACCGGAACUCCAAGACGGCAGCGGCCAAGUCCAAGGUUGCUGCGCGGCAUGCUGCCAGCGGCAAGAAAUCGAAGAAAUAA